GACUCAGUGACAUUUGAGGAUGUGGCUGUGAACUUUAGUCUGGAGGAGUGGGCCUUACUGGAUUCUUUACAAAAGAAACUCUACAAAGAUGUGAUGAGGGAAACCUUCAGCAACCUGGCCUCCAUAGGGGGAAAAUGGGAAGAUCACGAAAUUGAAGAUCAGUACAAAAACCAGGGGAUUAAACACAGAAGUCAAAUGGUAGAGAGGAGCUGCAAAAGGAAGGAGGAUAGUCAGUGUGGAGAAAACUUAACCCUUAUUCCAAAUCUCAAUCUGACGAAAUCUCUUCCUGGAGCAAAACCAUGGGAAUACAGUGCAUGUGGUGAAGUCUUCAUGCAUCAUUCAUCCCAUAAUAGGGACAUUAAAUGUCAAACUAGACACAAGACCUCUGAGAAUCAGAAAUAUGGAGAGAAACCAUAUAAAUGUAGUAGAUGUGGGAGAGCCUUCACUUAUAUUCAGUUGUUUGAAAAACAUGAAAGAAAUCACAAUGGAGAGGAGUCUUAUAAAUGUGAGGAAUGUUGGAAUGCCUUCAGGUGGCUCAAAAGCCCUCAAAGACACAUGAUCAAACAUACUGCAGAUGCUCCUUAUAAAUGUAAGGAGAGUUUGAAAACCUUUAGUUCUUCAGUUUUUCUUCAAACGUGUGAGAGAAGCCACAUUGUAGAGAAGCCCUAUCAAUGUAAACUCUGUGGAAAAGCCUUCCGAUAUUAUAAAAGUUUUCAAAGACAUGAAAGGAAUCACCCUGGAGAGAAACCCUAUGAAUGUAAAAAAUGCAAUAAAGCAUUCAG